AUGGUUAAGACUAUAAGAUCAGAUAAUGGCACAAAGUUUUUUAAUACUCAGUGCAAUGAUCUGUAUGCAUCUCUAGUGAAGUUCUGGGGAGACUGUGUGAAGACAACUAUGUACUUGACCAACAAGCUGCCUUCAGAUGUCUUGAAAGAGAAGUCUCCUUUUGAAUUGCUACAUAAGAAGCCACCAAAGGUGGAUCAUUUAAGAGUGUUUGGUUGUUUGUGCUAUGCAAGCACAUAUCCUAAAGACACAACUGAAGCUGUUGAAAGAAAUAGCAGGGAUAUGCCACUCGAUCAUGCUAGUGAUCACAAUGCUGAUCAAGUUGACCAAGUUGAAUCCUCUCAAGAACAAGAUGUCAUUCCAGCACCUGAGACUUCAAUACUUGCAUCAGAAGAAAUGACACAAGAAGAGCCACAUGAUCAAAUGCAUCAUACUGCACCUACUGCAGAUCCUCUUAUGUUUCAACCUGUACCAUCAAUUGCAUUUAGAAGAUCAGCUAGAAGGGUCAAACCUUCUAUUUGGCUGAAAUAUUACUAUACUCUUGGGAACUCCUCCAAUCAUAGUUCCUACCCUAUCUCUCAAUAUGUGUCGUAUGACCAUCUUUCAACUCCUUACCAAGCCUAUCUAACAACCAUCUCAACAGAAGUAGAACCAGGGUCUUUCUUAGAAGCUUCACAAGAUGUUAGGUGGGUUGAAACUAUGCAAAAUGAGAUCAAGGCCCUAAAAGAUAACAACACUUGGGAAGUAGUGGACUUGCCUUGUGGAAAAAGGGCAAUUGGGUCUAAAUGGGCAUCUAGACAAUGGAAUAUUAAGCUAACUGAUGCCUUGAAAAAAGCUGGUUUUCUGCAAAUUGCCUAUGACCAUUCACUCUUCACCAAGAAAAGUGGUGCAGAUACAGUGAUUAUAGUGGUCUAUGUUGAUGACCUAUUGAUUACAAGCAGUUGUGAAGCUAUGAUACAAGCAGGAAAGGAAACAUUGCAUUUGAAUUCUAAAGUAAAGGAUCUGCGGAGUUGA